UUUCUUUCCUCAAGUUAACGGCUUAUGGUGUUUCCAAGCUGAGAUCAUCACAAUUGAAUACUCGGUGAGCUUUCUUUCAUUCCGCAGAGCCAGGAGCCACCCUUCAUGCUUUCCCCAAGCUCUGGAUUACGUCUUUGAUUCCUUCUCCUGUUCUCACAGCCUGAGGCAACUAGGCAAACAGACGUCUCAGGAACUGGAACGAAGGGAAUGAACCGUGAGGGCGUCCCCGGGAAGAGUCCGGAGGAGAUGUAUAUACAACAGAAAGUCAGAGUCCUGCUUAUGCUUAGGAAGAUGGGGUCCAAUUUAACCACCAGUGAGGAAGAGUUUUUACGGACAUACGCAGGGGUAGUGAAUAGCCAACUUAGCCAACUUCCUCAGCAUUCUAUUGAUCAGGGUGCUGAAGAUGGGGUGAUGGCGUUUUCCAGAUCAGAGACCGAAGAUAGAAGGCAGUAACUUGGAUGGGCUGCUUGAGCAAUAAAUGGCCGGAGCGGGGCAAACGAGGCUCUGGGAGAUCACGGAAGAUGGCUGGACCCUCAUGAGUCCCCUUGCCCUCCUCGGUUUUUGUGUUGUCCUGUGAUCGCCUCCCCUACUACCCCGACUUCAACCUCCCUCUUGCCCAUCUUUCCGAACGCUGUCCGCAGCCAUCCGUUUCUGUGUCCCCUCGUGCCGGUUCUGCGUUAAUCCAGGACAACGCUGGAAGUACAUUUGUGAUUGGCUGCAAAGGAAAAAAGAACGAGACUCGGAUUGGCAGGCUAAAGCGAGGAAACUUGACUCGUGGAAGCACUCCACACCCCUGAUUCUUAAUUUUGUGUUUUUAAGAAUUGUUGCUGACACCCUGCUUCUGGAAGCCUUCAAGCUCUGGUGCUUUUUUAGGUCAUGCUGGUGUGUGUGGUUUGUUUUUUGUUUUUUCGGAGAGAGGCUUGGAAGCGGAACCGCGUCGGCCGUUUCCCGAAUGAGUGGCUCUCAGGUGUUCUGCUGACAUCAGUGUUUUCUUGGCUCAAAAUCGGGGCGGGGAGUGGGCGGGAUAGAGAAGAGGGAGUCUGACAUAUUUAGGGGCCUCUUUCCCAUUUUGUCUUGGGACGGGGAGACGUUUUGCCGUAUUUAUUACAUGCUUGCUCGCUUUCAAAACAAAACUAUUGGCUGCAAAGUCCCCGCUGUGACCGGCGCUUCCACUUCUCUGCUUCUUUCCUCUCCCAACUCUUUUUGAGGGAUUGAUGCUCUAAGACAGUGUUUCUCAACCUGGGGGUCGGGACCCCUGGGGGGGAUUGUGAGGGGGGUUUCAGAGGGGUCCCCAAAGACCAUCAGAAAAUAGUAUAUUCUGUUGGUCAUGGGGGUUCUGUGUGGGAAGUUUGGCCAAAUUGUAUCAUUGGUGGGCUUCAGAAUGCUCUUUGAUUGCAGGUGAACUAUAAAUUCCAGCACCUACAACUCCCAAAUGUCAAGGUCUAUUUUCCCCAAACUCCACCAGUGUUCACAUUUGGGCAUAUGGAGUAUUCGUGCCAAGUGUGGUCCAGAUCUAUCACUGUUUGAGUCCAAAGUGCCCUCUGGAUGUAGGUGAACUACAGUUCCCAAACUCAAGGUCAAUGCUCACCAAACCCUUCCAGUAUUUUCUGUUGGUCAUGAGAGUUGUGUGUGCCAAAUCAUUGGUGGAGUUCAGAAUGCUCUUUUAAUUUAAGUGAACCAUAAAUCCCAGCAACUAUAACUCCCAAAUGACAAAAUCAAUCUCCCCCUCAACCCCACCUGUAUUCAAAUUUGGCCAUAUCGGGUAUUUGUACUAAAUUUGGUCCAGUGAAUGAAAAUACAUCCUAUGUAUCAGAUAUUUGCAUUAUGAUUCAUAACAUUAGCAAAUUUACAGUUAUGAAGUUGCAACAAAAAUAAUGUUGUGGUUGGGGGGGGGGGUCACCACAACAUGAGGAACUGCAUUAAAGGGUCGGGGCAUUCGGAAGGUUGAGAACCACUGCUCAAAGACAUGUUGGCUUUUACUGAAGCCUGUCCAGACGCAGAAGAGAUGGUCAGGAGCCUUCCUUUUGUGUAGAAUUGUGAUCUCAAUGGAAACAGGCAGCUCUUUCACACCUCCUCCAAGGCCUCGGCCUUUAGUUGUGUGGCAUGGAUACGAGGGGCGUUCAUUAAAGCUUUCCCCUGACCCACUUCCUGUGGAAA